AAUAAACAACUCGCUCCCCCUCCACGCCAAACCAUCCUGCUUGCUCGACAGUCAUGUUGUCCUCCAAUUUUGGAUCAACAUUUGCAAUAAGACUGUUGUAGUUAUGACAUUAAAUUCCACAUCACAACCUUCCAUUCCCUCUCGUCAAUACGUAUUAAACACACUUUAAAUGCUAAAAAUUAUAAGUACUCACCACUAAUGAAUGAAGUUCUGAAGUUAUAUGCUGUAUAAGUUUCACUUUUACAUAUCCCAGCAACUGGGGUGCGUUCAGGGACGCAGAAUAAAGUGCAAAAUCCCAACUCAAAAAAAGUGUACAAUGUGCACAUUCAUGUAUUAUGUAGCAGAUUUAUAAAUUAUUACCAAUUUAAGAUGAAUGAUAUGAUUUUUGUGAAAAUAAUGGUCUGUCUUUUUUUUUUUUUUUUACUAAAAUCUGCAAAUUUGAGGGGAUGGGAAUUUGAAUGGGAAUGCGUGAGGAUCCACUACAAUUGAUCAUGUGACCUAAACAACAACAACAAAAAAAACUCAGUACCGACACGAUACUAAUACCGCCAUCGGUAUCAUAAUACCAAUAUUUGGAUCGAUCCGCCCACCGGGAGCACUGAGUGAUGACGGAUCUUCUAGUGACGAAGCAGGACACCGGCUUACGCAGCAGGUGAACGGCUGAAUGUGCUUCAUUGGAAUGUUAUCCGAGCUCCCACCAGCAAGCAGACACACGUGGGUGAAGAAUAAGAGUUUGAAUUCCCGACGAGAGAUGGAACUCUUUGCAAGGAUUUAAUAUCAAGAUGACACGUUUCAGGAACGCACAAGGGGACUGAUUUGGAGCACGUCGGUGGCCAGAAAAUCCAGAGACAAUCACCUUCAACGUCAGAUUUGUAACUCUACUCUUAUUCUGUUGUUCUCCAUUAGUUUAGAACAGCAGAGUGAGAAAAAUACUGAAGGAAAUGCAAAAGACCACAAAAGAAGGACAGUUUCUCUUUGUUUUUCAUUAAACCAGAUAAUCAAAGCAAUGGCAGGCUAAAGAAGAUAAUGAGUUUGUUGUAAUGAAUGGGUUGCCAUUCUGGUAAAUCAACUGGCACAAACUAAGAAUCGAAGCCAACAAUGCAGGGGGAAAGAACAUGUCCCUCACCCAUUAAUUUUAAUCAAAUGAUUCCAGGAUUGGAUUGACUCACAAUUGGAGAGAUAGACCGGACAGCUAUUUAGUAAACAUGACUGACAACGUGAGCUCCAGAGUUGACACCCCAACCAACAUUUCUCUUAGCCCCAGUAUUACCAUUUCCCAAUCCCUGGAGUACAAGACAGUGUCUGUGUUUUUGGUCCUGCUUGUGUGUGGUGUCGGCAUUGUGGGAAACAUUAUGGUGGUUCUUGUGGUCCUGACGACACGCUACAUGAGGACACCUACCAAUUGUUACCUGGUGAGCUUGGCAGUAGCUGACCUGACAGUUUUGGUAGCAGCAGGACUUCCCAACAUUUCAGACAGUCUCACAGGUACCUGGGUAUUCGGACACGCCGGUUGCCUGGGGAUCACCUACUUGCAAUAUCUGGGCAUCAAUGUGUCAUCCUGCUCCAUCACCGCCUUCACUGUUGAAAGAUACAUUGCUAUAUGCCAUCCAAUGAAGGCUCAGACGGUGUGCACAGUGUCCAGGGCUAAGAAGAUUAUUACCGGGGUUUGGAUAUUCACCUGUGUGUACUGCAUAUUAUGGUUUUUCCUUGUGGAUAUCCAGGUGAGCAUGGAUGGACAUGUUCAGUGUGGGUACAGGGUGAAGCGGGAGCUCUACCUGCCCAUCUACCUCAUCGACUUUGCCAUUUUUUACGUCGUCCCGUUGCUUCUAGCCAUCGUGCUGUAUGGGCUCAUAGCACGGAUUCUCUACCUUGGACCUCUGCCAAACCAACCAGACACCUGUACCACAUUGCGUCGAAGCUGCCGAGAAGUCACAGAAGUUGAAACAGGAGCUCGCCCACGCCGUCCAAAGGGUGCACUCUCCUCCAGGAAACAGGUGACGAAGAUGCUAGCAGUAGUGGUGAUCCUAUUCGCUCUGCUGUGGAUGCCAUACCGAUCAUUGGUUUUAAUCAACUCUUUCGUGUCUACACCUUAUCUCGAUGCCUGGUUUUUGUUGUUUUGUCGGACGUGCAUUUACGCCAACAGUGCAAUCAACCCGGUGAUAUACAACGCCAUGUCUCAGAAGUUCCGCUCAGCAUUUCGUGGGUUGUACCACUGCAAGCAGCCAGAAGGAACUCAGAGGACAUUGUCAGCAAUUCCGGCAGGCUUCAGCAUAGUCCGUGACCCACGUACCUCGCUGUCUAAUAUCUGUGGAACCAGUGAAGAAGUCCAAAGAGCCAUUCCAAAGACUACAACAGAUGUUAACUCAAGAUGUAAACAAAAUGGUAACGGUCAUCAAGAGAUGAAGAUUUUAAAUGGCAACAAAGGAGACGAUUUUAGCAGAUCGGUUGCUUAUGCUGGUAGCUUAGAUGUGAGUUCGGUUGACACAUCUCUACUGAAUGAUAUGAAGGCGGAUGGUUCUCCUUCCACAGAUGACACCGAUCCUUUUCCCGACCCAGGUAUAGCACAUACAAUACAUAAAUAACUGUACGUAAUGAUUUUUUAGGAAUUUGGAAAACAAUAAAAUAAGGUGUAUGAUCUACUAAUACUUAUUUUUAUUAUAGGGAAAUUGAAAAUGAAAGCAGUACAUUUUAGAACAGAUUCCUAUAGCGCUAAAACAAUGUUUUUCUCACACAUUAUUGUUUUUACUUAAAUCUUAGAACAUAAUGACAUAAGAGUUUGAGAAAGCUUUUUCCAUCAAUGCGCUGAUCUGUUCAGCAUAAUUUCUGUAGAUUUGAAAGAAUUACAGUAAAGUUAUCGCUUGUUUAGCACAUUUAAUUGGUUCCAGAUGUGACCGUGAUAAGUAAAUUUCCACCAAGUAGGAUUCCUUAUUUAUAAACUGAAUAUUUUUCUAGUUAGAGCAUAGAAAACCUAUUAAAACCUUACGAAUAGUAUCCAGACCCGACAGCGAUAAAUGAAUUUCCGCAAUAUGCUAGUACAUUUACUAUUUUUUAUAGUUACAGCAUAGAAAACCCGUUUAUGACGUUCUAAAUGUGUUUUUCAACAUUAUUAGAGCCAUGUAGACAUGAAAUAUCACUAAUAUAAUCACCUCUACACUCCUGUUACUUUUUGUUUACAACACAUUGCUCAGCUCUUACGCUGUAGGGACUCCAGACGGCCGCUAGCUAGUGAGCUAACAAGCUAGCAAGCUAAUGAGCUAGUGAGCUAACAAGCUAACAAGCUAGCGAGCUAACCAGUUAGCCUGGAAUUUAUUUUUUUGUCAACUAAAGCCAAAAAACUUGAACACAGUUCUUUUCUGUUUCCGCAACGACUUUGUGAAUGAAUUGAUUACAUCUGGAAAUAAUCCAAUCCUUUUUGAAUAACAAACUAGCGAGCUAACAAGCUAGCGAGCUAACAAGCUAACCAGUUAGCCUGGAAUUUAUUAUUUUUUGUCAACUAAAGCCAAAAAACUUUAACACAGUUCUUUUCUGUUUCCGCAUCGACUUUGUGAAUGAAUUCAUUACAUCUGGAAAUAAUCCAAUCCUUUUUGAAUAACAAGCUAGCGAGCUAAUAAGUUAGCGAGCUAACCAGUUAGCCUGGAAUUAAUUUUUUUUGUCAACUAAAGCCAAAAAACUUUAACACAGUUCUUUUCUGUUUCUACAUCGACUUUGUGAAUGAAUUGAUUACAUCUGGAAAUAAUCCAAUCCUUUUUGAAUAACAAGCUAGCGAGCUAAUACGCUAGCAAGCUAACGAGCUAAUAAGCUAGCGAGCUAACCAGUUAACAAGCUAGCGAGCUAACCAGUUAGCCUGGAUUUUUUUUUGUCAACUAAAGCCAAAAAAGUUGAACACAGUUCUUUUCUGAUUCUGCAUCGACUUUGUGAUUGAAUUCAUUACAUUUGGAAAUAAUCCAAUCCUUUUUGAAUAACAAACUAGCGAGCUAACAAGCUAGAGAGCUAAUAAGCUAGCCAGCUAACGAGUUAACAAGCUAACGAGCUAGUGAGCUAACCAGUUAGCCUGGAAUUUAUUUUUUUGUCAACUAAAGCCAAAAAACUUUAACACAGUUCUUUUCUGUUUCCGCAUCAACUUUGUGAAUGAAUUGAUUACUGAUGUGGAAAUAAUCCAAUCCUUUUUGAAUAAUGCACUUUGACAAGCUUUUUUUUUAUCAUCCACAAAUGUUGGACUUAAAUUGGAGCACAAGUUUUUGAUUUAUUUGUUGUGCAUUUUAUUGGUUUCUGUCAAAGAUUACCGCACAUGGUGUGAUAAUAUGGACGUAGUUGGCAACAAUACCGAAAUAGCAACAGCAGGACAUUUAAUGUCUGUUUUACUUGAAUCAACAAUUGCAUUUACGAGGCAGAUGCUGAAGGCAGAUGCUGAAGGCAGAUCUCCAUGUUCUGUGUGACUGGGGACCCUUGGGGGAUAUGAUCACAGUGUGCUAUAAAUUACUUUUAGUAAAGUAGUCAAUGCAUCCCUGUUGGGUUUUCAUCCUGUUUAAAACCAAAUCAAUGAUGCUGAAUGCUGACUAAAUCAUCCUCCGAGGUGUUGUUGGGAUGCGGAUGUUGGGAUCGUUGGGAAAGCCUGGCCCAGUCGGGUGGUACCCAGUGCCAAUUUUGAAACUUUGCAUUGCAAACACCUGAGCAAUCCAAAAACUACAUAAAAUGGUGUGUUAUAUCUGAAUGAUCUUAAAUUAUUGGUAUGUUCGUUGCAUGAUGCUUAUUAGUCAGUAUAAUAAUUUUAAAAACGUUUUGAGUGCAGUUAAGUAAUCCUUAUGAAGUUGUGACAUCAAAUUCACAGGAGCAGAAAUGUGUCAAAACAAUUUAAGCAGUAUUUUAGUACUGCAAGUGAAGUAAAAAAAUGUACUGUAAUUGUUAUUUUUUUGCCCGUUCUUGUUGAUAUUGUGCUAUAACACCAGUGAGAGUCACAUGACUGAUAUAAGGAAAUAUACGUGAAAUAUAAAUAUACGUUUUGUACAGCAAUGACGUGUUAAUACUCGUGUUAAAUGAAGUAAAACUGCUAAAUACUGACUUUUGAUUGUAACUUUGUCUCGCUGCUAUUUUGUUUUCUGUGGACUGAUGUUUGGCAUGCAGUUAUUGUAUUGCACAAAUGUACUUUUUGACAGUUGGUGACUACUUUGAAGGUUUUGAUUGGGUCUUGGACUUUUGUGUCAAAUUACUUACCUUUAAAAUGAAGUAUUUUGAAGGAAAGUUGGGGAAAAUGUUUCUAAUAUGAAAUAUUGACAUUUUUGACAUCAGAUUUGUAAUGAAAUGACUGCGGUCAGUGCAUGGUAUAUGAAUGUUUUACAGUGAGUGGAAUAUAUACUGUUUUAUUCGUACUUUUUGGAGUUUGAAGUGUUAUUUUCAUGGUGUGAAUGCCAAUGUCAGUAGAGAUGAUAUUUACAACAAAAGGUAGUUUAAUAUGUGUGAUAAUCCAGCCCUGGAAAGCUGCUUUGUUGUACCGUGCUUUCAGUGUAUAAUCAUAUAUUUUAGAAAUUUGGGGUUCUUUGUUUCUUGUUUUUUUUUUGUUGCUUGGUUCUCUCUUGGUCUCUCUAAUGUGCUUGUAAAGUACAGUGACUUAUUUUUUUAUCAUUAAAUCAUGUGUAACAAUAAAUAGUCUAC